UUGCCUUAUCAAACACACUUCUAUUGAUGCUCGUUGCUCAGAUACAAAUGCCCAAUAAUCAAUCAGGCGUAACACGCCCUGGAAGCCGUAUCAAACAGGACGCACACCAAGUGUUUGGAAAAAUGUCUCGCCCAGAAAAAAACCCCAAACCCACCGUAACAACAGAGUUGGUUGACCAAAGAAAUUGGCUGGAUCUUCCGGAGGAUGUAACAGCAAACAUACUCAAAAGGGUAGGCGUGUUUGAGAUUCUUGAGAGUGCGCAGAAGGUCUGCACUGCGUGGCGUGGAAUCUGCAAAGACCCGGCUAUGUGGAGAGUCAUUGACAUGGAAAAUACUCAAGAGUUGGCUACGCCUUGUGAACUUGAGAAAAUGUGUAUGAACGCUAUUGAUCGGAGUCAAGGACAGCUUGUUGAUCUUAAUAUUGAACAUUUUCCUACUAUUGAGUUGAUUGAAUUCCUUGCUCAAGGCCAAAGAUCAAGUCAGCUCAGGCGUCUUCAAAUUACACAUUGCUAUGUUUCAUUAUAUAAAUCUUGGAGUGACUUCUUUAAAAAGGCUCCUUUAUUGGAGGAGAUUUCUCUCUCCUUUACUAUUAUUUCGGAAGAGACUGUUGCAGAUAUUAGUCGAUAUAGUCCCAUGCUUAAAUCAUUCACAUACAACAAUUAUGGUUGGGGGUUUAGCAUUGAAAUGGAUCGUGCGGAUGACUUUGUUUUAGCUGUUGGAAAAGGCAUGUCCCAAUUACUCCACCUUCAACUCACUGGCAGUGAAAUGUCAAAUAAGGGUUUACAGGCCAUUCUAGAUGGUUGUCCAAACCUUCAGUCCCUUGAUCUACGUGGAUGCUUCGACAUCAGUCUUGACGGGACUUGUGGGAAGCUAUGUAAGGAACGAAUCAAGAACUUGAGGCUCCCCGGUGACUCUACGGCAGGCCUUAAAGUUGCACCAUUCGAUAGUGAAGAUGAUUAUGAUUCUGAAGAUGAUUAUGAUUCUGAUUUGUGCCCUGACAUGUGCUUUCCUGUGUCGUCUGACAGCGAUUAUGCUGUUGAUUUGGUAGAUUAUUAUUCCUUAUGAAAUCAUGCUUAAUUUUUGUUAUUUACAAUUCUAUGACCGUGUGUGCUGAUGGUUCUUUUGAAUAUGAACUAUGAAACACUUUGAAUUUGGUUAGACUUUA